GGCAAGCGACCAUGAAAGGCGCAGUAUUGCUUUUCGUGCUCUUGGAGAGCCUCAUCCACUACCCACAGCGCGUGGGUGAUGCUUGGGAUGAGGAAACACGUCUGCGCAUGGAAGUGCGUGCCAAGCAGCUGGAAUGGGAGAGGAUUCAGCUGGAGCAGGAGGUGGAGCAGCUCAGCCUGCAGCAGGUGCAGCUCAUGGGGGUCUUGCAGCCCUUAGCACUUGCUGUGCUCGUGGUUCUUGUAUUGCUCCUAUGGUUAAUGGGGUGCAAAAGGAGCCUGAGGAGAGCAGAGUAUGAAGGAGAAUACAAUGCAGCAAAUGAAGAGGAAAUCAGAAAUGAGGAUGCAAAUGGAGAAGGCGAUGUUGGAAAUGAAGAAGAAGGUGAUGCAAAUCGGGAGGAAGAUAACAAUGAUGAUGGGAAUGUACAGGAAGAUGGCAAUGUUGCGGCAUAUGCAGAAAACAAUGAUGUUGCACUUGCAGUCUAUGGAGGAGACAACAAUUUUGACGAUAACGUUGGAAGAAUUCUAAUGGAACACAUACAGUGGCCUGUACAGGACCUACAGAGAGGCUGCGAUUGGACAACGAACCUCAUGGACGAUUAUGCAUUCUACUUUGGACACGUCUUAUCCAACAGCUUCUACCCAGGCCUGCAACGAGCCAUCGGGGUGGGCAGCGCCUUUGAAGGUUGGAGUCCCCGAGAGCAGGAUGUCGUGUACCAGGUGUUCAUACCCAUGACUCCUCCCCGAGGCCACAGCUUCCACCUGGAGCUGGACUCUGCAGAGCAGAGGCACGUGAGGAACUUCCGUGUCCGCGUGCAGCUGGAGUGCACCUGCAGGGAGGAGCAGCAGGCUGAGAACAUGCUGUGCUUCCUGCACCACCCCGAGGAGGAGCUGAGGAGCAAUCAGGAUCCCAGCCUCCUGCACACCCUGUGCACCGACUCCUACCUGGAUGUGCAGAAAACUGCCCGCUGGUUCUACCAGCUGGUGAGAGCCAUCUGGCCAGCUUUGCCACAGUCACACAACUGGCAUUUAAAGCUGCUGCCCUCCAGACGCUCCUGCCAAUUCCAGGUGAGCAAUGGCAGAGAAAGCUUCAGGAUUGAGAUGCUGUUUGGAGUGCGGAGAGGCGACUCCGACAUCUUUGUGAGCAGCCAGCCUAGAGAGGCCCACACCCAAAGCACAGCCUGGCCUGAGACCUAUGCUGUGGCAGAGAUGAAAUUCUUCAAGCACAUUGCCAAGCAGGCUCCCCAUGACAGUUUGCACCUCAAAUGCCUGCAGUUCUUCACUCGUCUUCUGCUGGGCUUCAGCUUUUCCACCUACUCCAUGAAGACCAUUGUCAUGCACCUGCUCAAUGUGGUGCCCGUGUCACAGUGGCGCAGGAGAGAUUUGCUGCAGCGACUGCUGAAUAUCAGCAAGAGCCUGCGUGUGUGUGUGCAAGCAAAACGCCUCGACCACUUCAUUGUGGGGAACCAGAGGCUGCCUCAGGACAUCCGUUUACCCCCAGAUGUUCAAAGGGCUCAGCCAUACAAUCUCUUCCAUCACCUGGCAGAGGAACCGUCCGCACACACCCAGGCCAUAAAUGAGUAUCUGGUACUGCAGAAGUGGUUCAAAAGAAUCAUUCUCGGUGAGCAGUGAAUGAACAUGCCGAUGCACAGAGCUGUGCUUGUGCUGCUCGCAGUUGGCAGUGAGACACCUCAUCGUACAACUUUGGUGUUUGAGGAGAAGAGGAUGCGAGCACAGCCUCUGGUGAAGUUCUUACAGCAUCUCCUGCCACCUCAGCAGGUGGAGGGCCACAGGAGGGCUUAUUCUACCUCCUGGUAUCAUUUCGUUUUCCAAAAAAGGCAUGCAGAUCUGCACAAAUCCCUUCUGGAAUUUCCCCUCUCCCAAGAAUGCGCUUGAAGAUAGAACAUGCCGUACAUGCGGGGCCAAAGUCACCCAACCCCACCUGUAACAGGCACUUGUUCUCGGCCUUUGAGAAAUGCCAAAAUUUAGAGCAUGAAAGAAGCAAGAAUGUGGGACAGAAGAAGCAAAAAGGAACAGGGUAAAAAAGACCAAGAGGAAAAGUCAGCGCUCCUUGUCUGGCAUCAGUCAAUGGACGCUGUCUCUCCUUGUCCCUGGAAGGGACAACAUUGGGUCGGCAUUGGACACGGGGUCUCGCAGCCGACCUGAAAUUUUGUAUAUAUAUAUAAGA